GAAACUACCAAACUCUUAGAUUGCCCAAUUUAGCUCGGCAGGUGCCGCCCAAGCCAAGCCGUAACAAUGAAGAGAAAAGCAAGCGACCAGGAGAGUGCUGCGUCUUACAAAAGACACUUUAGCGACUCGGACUGGGCUCCGUCGGCGUCGGAAGACGCCGAGGCCGACACAGCUUCCGUCUUCUCAGCUGCGUCCACUCUGCAGCCCACCCCCGGCCAGACACUCGCCGGGACCUCGAUUACAGCCUCAUCCCCCUCAUCUCGAACCGGCCGAAAGUUUCCCUCGGAUCUCAAGACGAUAAAAUGCACAUUUGUUGGCUGCCCCAAGACGUUCAAUCGGCCCGCUCGCCUGGCCGCCCAUUUACGGUCCCACGCCAAUGACCGCCCCUUUCGCUGCCCCUAUGAGGCCUGCGGCAAGAAUUACAUCGAGGAGAAGCACCUGUCCCAGCACGUCAAGGGCUCACAUACCCACGAGCGCCGCUAUGCCUGCCAGGAGCCCGACUGCACCAAGUCAUUUGUCACGGCUACGAGGCUGAGGAGGCAUGCCGCCGUCCACGAGGGUGCCGAGCGCUUCCGGUGCCGCGGAUACGACGGCUGCAGUCAGAGCUUCCGCAAGCACCAGACGCUGCAGCGCCACAUCCGCACCGCACACCUCGACCAAUCCGCCUACACGUGCGGGAACGACGGCUGUGACGUUGGCUUCGACACGGCCAGCGCCUUGCGCCGCCACAUUGAGCGCGAGCACGGCGAGCUGAAGUUUUGGUGCGACGAAUGCACCGGCAACGGCGGAGACGGAGACGGAGAAGACGACGACGACUACGACGACACCCCCAAAGAACGCCGCCGCAUCGGCUUCACGACGCUGCUGCUAUUGCAGGCCCACAUGCGGCGCGAGCACAUCAACUGCAUGUUCUGCGACGCUAAGUGCGGCAGCCAGGGCGACCUGGAGCGGCACAUCGACAAGUACCACUCGGGCACGACGGUUGAGGAGCGCAAGACGGUCGCUUGCACGUGGGAGGGCUGCGACAAGCGCUUCACGCGCGUGUCCAACCUCAACACGCACGUCAAGACGGCGCACGAGGGUCUGCGCUUCGUCUGCGGCCAGGUCGACACGUUCGGGGCCAGCGACAUUGCCGACUGGAACUGGAUGGAGGAGGGCUGCGGCGCCGACUUUGUGAGCCGCCUCAAGCUCGAGGAGCACGUGCGCUUCAUACACCUAGGCCGCAGGCGCCCCCCCAAGCUAUACACCAUGUCGUCGUCGACCAACCUGUCGCCCGUCGUUACCGACGAGCUGACAGGCGUGGCCACAGCCCGCAAUAUCCCCUGCACCGUCGCCGGCUGCCCGGCCAAGUUCAUCCGCUACCGCGAUAUCGACAGGCACAUCCAGAAGGACCACCAAUCGUCAGACACGAAUAUCGUUGCUAACGGCUACGGGGACCAAGACCACGUCAUCGACCCUCGUCUUACCCUGCCGCUGCAACCUGGCGAGUCCUGCAUGUUUGCCGCCGGAGCAGCCGACUCCCCCAUGCAGGGCAAUUUCGAUGCAGAGUGGACUGAAAUGCGGCAGCUGAUUGAUAUAGACGCCCUAGUCGACGGGAAAAAAUAGAGGCUACUGUUUGAAACACCACUAUUAUGUAUUUCGCUCUUUUUCUUAAAGGUCAUGGCAUGGCAUGGUUAAAUAUGGAAGCAUUUGAUACCCUUGGGAUUUUAUUAUUGGGAACUAGGUCGUUGCAGGAUACUUCAUUAGCUCAAAGGGUGAAAGAAGGACACUGCUCUUUCAGUGUAGAGGGAUAACGAAUGGGGGAAAAAGAAUGGAGUAUUGGAACCGAUGGGAAUCAUAUGUCGCAGCUAACGACGCGCCCUUGCUGUCUGUCUUUAUAGCAUUAUUUAUAUCAGGUCUUAUUUAACUUGACUUGGCAGAACUAGGCUCAAAAAUACA